GGCUAUUUAUGGAAUGACUAUUAGGUCUUCUUCAAGCCAGCCAUUUUCCAAAUGUCCAGAAGUUUCAUAUUUAUGGUCUAACUUCAUUGGUUGAAAGGGCUUACACCCCUUUUUUGUUCAGUUCCUCCCUUCCACUUCUUUAACAUAUUAUCCAAAGUACCCUGCCAAAUACUUUUUAAUGUGUCUUACAAGGGACCAUGCUUUAUAUUGCAUACUGUUAUAAAUGUAAUAUGCAACUACAAUGCUGCUGUUAUAUUAGUCUAUGUACAAGAGUUCUUCUGGUAGAAAUGCAUUUAUUAAGUCAUCCGAAGUCUGCAGGAAUUAAGUCUGCACAUGUGUGCACGUGUGUGCACGUGUGCCCGCUGCUUGGAAUAGCCAAGCCAUGUGAUUCUUCUGGAGUCUAUUUCAGAUCACCUACUGUCCAAAGCCCCACAGUCUUCACAGCAGCUUAAAGAAAAGUUAACAAAUGCACAGUUUAAUCCUUCUGUCGUCACUUAUCAUUUCAUCAGGAGUUGUUAGGUCGAGUGCUGAAGUGUACCUGUAGGUGUGUUUGAGUUGUGACCUCUGAACCCCUAAACCUAUUGCUGAGACCAGAGUGUGAUCCAUGGCUAUAAAGAGCCUUCUGCACGCUGCUUCCACUUUCAGGAAGCAGCUGAUGAGGGUGAAGGUGGUAAACUCUAACUGCGAGGACUCCCGUCUGUGCCGAUGUCUCAACACCUUUGACCUGGUAGCACUCGGUGUGGGCAGUACAUUGGGUGCUGGUGUUUAUGUGCUCGCUGGUGCUGUUGCAAGAGAGAAUUCUGGUCCCGCUAUUGUGCUGUCAUUCCUGAUAGCAGCUAUAGCGUCAGUGUUAGCCGGGCUUUGCUACGCUGAGUUUGGAGCCCGUGUUCCCAAAACAGGCUCGGCUUAUCUGUACUCCUAUGUGACUGUAGGGGAGCUGUGGGCCUUCAUCACUGGAUGGAAUCUCAUUCUCUCCUACGUCAUUGGUGCCUCCAGCGUGGCUCGUGCAUGGAGCGCCACCUUUGAUGAGUUGAUAGGGAACCCCAUAGGGCAGUUCUGCAGACAGUACAUGGCCCUGAAUGUACCAGGAGCACUGGCAGAGUAUCCUGACAUAUUUGGUGCUUUCAUCAUAAUCAUUCUUACAAGUCUGCUGGCAUUUGGGGUCAAAGAAUCAGCAAUGGUGAACAAGGUCUUCACUUGUAUCAAUGUCCUAGUCUUGGUGUUCAUGGUGAUCUCUGGAUUCGUCAAAGGCACUAUUAAAAACUGGCAGCUAGACCCUGAAGAGAUCCUACAUGCAAGUUAUACAACAAACAGCACCAAUGUGACAGACGUUCUGCCAAGCGCAGAGAGUUUAGGAAUCGGCGGCUUCAUGCCAUUUGGAUUCACCGGUGUCCUGUCAGGAGCCGCUACCUGUUUCUAUGGAUUUGUGGGAUUUGACUGCAUUGCUACCACAGGUGAAGAGGUGAAGAACCCCCAGCGAGCCAUUCCUUUUGGUAUCGUAUCCUCAUUGCUCAUCUGCUUUGUGAUCUACUUCAGCGUUUCUGGUGCUCUCACCCUCAUGAUGCCAUACUACCUGCUGGACAGCAACAGCCCUCUGCCUACAGCUUUUAAUUAUGUGGGCUGGGGGGGCGCGAAAUAUGCUGUAGCUGUAGGCUCUCUUUGCGCUCUGUCUACAAGUCUGUUGGGUUCCAUGUUCCCCCUACCUCGUAUCAUCCUUGCUAUGGCGCAGGAUGGCCUGCUCUUCUCCUUCUUGGCCAACAUCAGCGAGAGAAAAUCUCCCGUAACAUCUACUGUUGCUGCCGGGGCUAUAUCUGUUGUCAUGGUGUUAAUGUUCGAGUUGAAGGACCUGGUGGACCUGAUGUCGAUAGGGACGCUGCUAGCCUACACAUUAGUGGCUGCCUGUAUCCUGGUGCUCAGGUACCGGCCCAGCAUGGGUUACCAGAUUGUCAGUAGCCACGAGGAGAUGGAGUUGAAUGAGGGCAACAUCCUGCCCGGUAUGGAAGAGAGGCUCAGCUUCAAAACCUUGCUGUUCCCAGACAACCCCACACCAUCCAAACUGUCAGGCUUCACUGUCAACGUCUGUGUCUUUCUCCUCGGAAUGCUGAUGCUGGCAUUCAGUGUUCUGGCAUCUUAUGGAGAUCUUGCUUCGUGGAAUUUGGUAGCCCUCAGCGUCAUCUUCAUGAUGUGUCUUUUCGUGGUCUUCAUCAUCUGGAGACAGCCCCAGAACCACACUAAACUCUCCUUCAAGGUGCCCAUGCUGCCCUUCAUUCCAGUGAUCAGCAUGUUUGUCAAUAUCUACCUGAUGAUGCAGCUUGAAGAACGCACUUGGGUUAAAUUCUCAAUCUGGAUGGCCAUAGGUUUCGCGAUCUACUUCGGCUAUGGUAUCCAUCACAGCACCCUGUCAGCUGCAGCUCAUUCGACUCCGGACACAGAGAUGAUGGGCUUAGGGCUUAACCACAAGUCAGCAUCACCAGAAAAGGAAGCCUUUCUGUCCAAUGGCAUUGAUGUAAGGGAAGAGAAUGAUGGAGGUUUGUAGGAAUUUGCAAAUCUCCAUCAUCAGAUCACGCUGCUUCCAAGACAUGCAUCCUUGAUAGCCAGCAGUCAGUCUGUGUCAGCCCACUGGCAGAACUUUCUUUUAGGGAAGGUAAAGAUAAAUACCUCAUACCUAAAAUUCACAAACUUCUGACUUACUUCUUCAGCUGCAGUGAGAACACAGCCAUAACUGACAUGUUCUGUAUUUUGCAAUAAGGUUCAGAUUCAAGUGCCAAUUAUUACUUGACUAUCAGGAAUUAGGGCUUAUGUUGGAGAAACAGAAUACAUCAUUGUCUUAAAGAGGUUGGGGGGGGCAUAGUCUCUGUUUCUUUUCAUAUUGGGUUGUACUUAUGUCUACAACCUGUGUCUGAGCCACAUUUUUGACAGCAGGAAUAUGUACAAAAGCCAAUGUGUGGGUGCCAGAAAGGUCUGCAAUGAUCAAUGAUGGAUGGAUUUUUGUUGUUGUUGUUGAUGAUGAUGAUGUUUGUUUGUUGUAUCAAAAGUUCAUCAGUUAGGUUCAUGAGUUUUUGUUGGACAAUGACACAUUUUUUAGUGCUUUUGCCUCCAUUCUGUACCAAGAAAUUUUAAAUCAAAUGAUCAAGAUGUGAAUCAAGGGAAGUGCAGACUUUAAUUCAAAGUGUUUAUACAUAGGUCUGAAUUUAAUUAUCAGGGGGGAAAAACCCUGGAGAAAUUAACAAGGGUUGCUUUUAAUAACUGGGCAAAAAUCUUUUACAGUCAGUGAUGGUCUGACAUCCAGAAAUUAGUUCAGUUUUUUCUUCUGAAAGUGUAAACUAUCCUAUGUUGGCUUGAGGUAACUGAUAUGGCCAUUAAAGAACAUAGCCUUUCUUUGCCUUGAGAAAGUUGCUUUUGCAGAAUGUGUUUGGUCAUUAUCCAGUUUGCACUGCGAAGUGUCCAUUGUACAACCGGGUUGAAUUGGAUGUAGAGUACAGCCCUGCAUGCUUCACAGUUCAUCCUGCUACUUAUAUCAGCAGCUAAAUUGUCAUCAAUAAACUCUAGUAAACUGGUUCUAUUGGCAGCCAUACAUGCUCAUGCCAUAACACUGACUCCACCGUGUUUGACAGAUGAUGUGUUAUGCUUUGGAUCAUGAGUUGUUUUUUUCCUGCUUCACUAUCCUUUUCCCAUUAUUAUUUGCUUUAUUACUUGGCAUAUCUGUGACAUAAUUAUUCACUAGCAGAAAUCUAUGGUCAGCUCAUUGUCUGGAUGUAUAAAAGCACCGUUUCUAUAUGUGAAAAAUUUUCAUUGAUGCCUUUUGAGGUCCAAAACUUGGUCCUCAUGUUCAGUUGUGGUUUAACAGUACAGUUUUAAUGCAGUGGUAUGUUUGUUUAUAUCUUUGUUUUCUCAAGCAGCAAUCAUGAAACAUUGUAAAGCAAAGGUCUGCAACGCAGAAUGUAAUACACAAACUAAUGUUCCAGGAGUAAAUCUAACUUCUGAAUCUUUGUACAUGUUUAGGAUGAAGGCAAUGACAGUUUCAGAUUUUCAGUUCAUGUCCUCCAACUUUAAGUGACAGUGGAUUUUCACAGUGCUGGCUGCUGUAUCUUUGCAUUUGUGGUUUGUAGCAUGUAUUUUCUAAUACAAAAUAAGAGAGGCCAAAUUUUUACCACUUGUUUGUUUUUUCUAAUCAAAUGAAAUGUCUCUUUUGAGGAAGUUAUAUGUCCGCCAUUCAUUUUACAUGUUUUCUCCUGUUUAUUGAUGUGUUUUAAUACCCAUGCUGAAUUUUUACAAAUGUAAUUGGAUACUGUUUGGCUGAGUUUUACACCACUGUCAUUAAAAUAUGUGACACACACAAA